UUUUUUUUAAGAUUAACUUCCCUUAGUUGUUACUAUAAAUAACUUAUAUUGUAACUUUUUUCAUAACUGACCGUAGGGAAAAACCACGACCACUUUUCUGUGGUACAACAUAGAUGUUACGUUCCAAUUUUAGGUGUAUUUUAAGGUAUCUCUACCUGGUAAGGAGUUUUUUUGUGGACUUAGAAAAACAAAAGACUUACAAUGAUUACUAAACAACCACAAAAUUAAAAUUCCAUUUGCAAAUACAGGUGCUAGAGUACAGAAAUUUGCUGUGACGGGCGUAUAUUGUGACAUUCUGGCACUCUUGUUUUAAGUUUAAUUUCCCUUUGUUGUUACUAUAAAUAACUUAUAUGAUAACAUUUUUAUAAUCAGCCAAACAAUUCAAUAUGAAAAUUAUGUCAUUGUAGGAAAAGUACACACGUCAUUAUGUGGGGUUUUAUAUAAUUAUGCACAUUUUAAAGUGUGUUGUUAUAACAUAUUGUAUAUAUAGCACAACAUUGUUCAUUAUGUUAUACUGCAGUAGAGAAAAUUCUAACAUUCCUAUACAUUUUUUAUGACAUUCGUUAGUUUCCUUAUUUCCUGAUCUGUUCAUUUCAUUUCUCUGACCACCCCCAUCCACAAUUUAUAGGUGUAUAAACUGAUUUUUUUUACGUAAAACAUGUUCAAUGGCGUUUUACAAACACAUAAAAAAUUACGUCUAAUCAUUAAGACAUUCUAAAGAUGUGUGAAAUAAAUGAGCAUAAAUAUCAUUGUGAAGAAACUAUUUAGUAAGUUUUAAACAAAAGACCAGGCAUCGGAUAAAAUUAAUAAAAUAUUAGAAUAUUAAGAUACAGUAAGAUAGCUGUUUUGUUAGUACGUAAGUAGAAGUGAGUUAUUUUGACAUGUCCAUAAGUUAUUACAAACAACGGUAUUUUUGUAUUUGUGACAUGUUACCACAAUAUCUGAAAAAAAAUUGCAGUCGCUGUCUCUAAAAUAGUGCAAAGUAAUUUCCAAAAUAACGAGUUUUCAACUUAUUUUUGAACACAUCUAAUGUGUCUGAGUUCCUGAUUUCGAGAGGCAAUUCAUUCCAGAGUUUAGGUCCAACAGUACCAAAACUUCUGUCGCUGAAUGUUUUUCACUUGUUGAAAGGAACAAUGAAACACCCAGUACGGAAUUUGAAGAACGCAAGUUCCUUGUCUGUGUUUGUUUUGAGAGAAUUCUGAAAGAUAUUCCGGAGAAUUUCCAGCUGAACAAUUAUACAUGUAGGUGAGCAUUUUGAAUGCGAUUCUGGCUUUGAUGGGUAACCAGUGAAGAUCAUAGAGCGCUUGUUUGGAACUGUCAUAUUUUCUACGAUUGAGGACAAGUUUUGCACACAUGCUCUGAAUUCGUUGCAUUUUGUUUACCUCGCUUUGAACAAUACCAUACAGAAUGACACUGCAAUAAUCUAAAUGGGAUAUCACCAAUGACAGCACAAGAGUUUCGGCAGCCUCUUCGGUAAGAUAUUUCCGGAUACAUUUUAUUCUGAAGUAGUUGAGCAUUGCUGUUCUACACUUUCGUUUUACAUGCUCUUUUAGAUUCAAGUUCUCAUCCAGGUGUGCACCUUGAUAUCGAAUAAAGCUCACUGAUUUCACUUCAUCACCUACAAUGCAUAUUUUAUCAGUUGCACACUUAGAGAGAUGUUGCCUACUACCAUUCAUAUUACUAUUCAUUCUUCGAACUCAUGUGUUCUCAGACAUUGUAAGUUUCACGAAGAAUCAUCUUAUAUACAUUCAUAAUAUAUAUAUAUUAUUCCCUACAUAUCUUUUUAUAUAUUUGUUUACUUACUUUACUUAGUGGCGUUGCUUUCGUGUUAUUCUCUUUGUUUCUAGUUAGUUCUUUUUUCUUUCUAAUUCAUUUUAUCUUCCUUCAUGACUUAUCAAAAUGUGUAAUAGCCUUGCAAUGUUGGCAUUUUUAUAUCACGUGUUAUUUUGUCUUUAGUCUAUAUCUGUUAUUACAUAUGUGACAUAAUAACAAUAUUAUUGCCAUAAAUGUUAUCCAUUGCUUUCCCGUACUGUUCUAACACAUGAGAUUUUAGGGUUUUGGUGCGCGGAUUACAAAUAACAUUUAUUCUUUCACCAUUUGUACAGAAUUGAUUCAUAUGUUAAUAUCUCUUCAUUGUACUACAUACUGUUUAUGCCACUAAGAAUUAAUUUUUUCAUGGUGCAUUUUUAAAUUAUAAUGUUAAAGGACCAUAUUUUAGACUGGCUAUAGCCAAAUAUGUUAAUAUCCUCUUUAAAUAAAGUUAUAGUUUUCAUUAUUAUUAUUAUUAUUACUUUUUGCGAUAUGUGUAAUACAUUUUUUUGCUAACGGACAGAUGGUCGGGCAAACAGACAAAGCCAUAUCUAUACCCCACGGCAUAGAAUGUUUUAUUUUUGUUACACACAUUUUCUCCUUACCUCAAACAUAUCAUUAUCAAAUUAUGUUGAGAUAGUUCCCGUGAACACCGAUCGUCCUAGGCGUUAUUCAAAUAUGGGAAAGCCGACAGCUGGUGAUAUUCAGAUAAUAUAUUAUGUUACCUGUUUGAAACAAUACAGUGGCAGUUAAGAAGUUCGAUAUAUACUCGUGCAUUAUUAAAUAUGGUGAAACAAUAGAUUAUAAAGAUACUAUUUACUGUUUUAGACUGACACGUCAUUGUAGGAAAGGUACACACGUUCAGCCAUACAGAUUAUAAAUAAUAUAAUCUGAAAAGUAGGCUAAAUGAGUUGAAAUCAAUGAUCUCGAAGGACCAGAAAAUAUAACAACACUGGGAUGAAGUCGGGGCAACGUUUUACGGCCGCCACACAGCACGUAACACCCGCUGUUGUGAAGUAAAUAUAAUCUGAAAAGUAGAUCCCUCGGAAGCACCGAGAACGAGCCAAAAUUGCAGACUCGGUUUGAUUGAGUCUGUUCAUAAGCAGUAAUGGAAAAUGCAACACUGCCCACGCCGCCUUUCACCGGCUUAAGCAGUAUUCAAUCUUCAAAUCUAAAUGAGCUGAAAUCAAUGAUCCCGAAAGACCAGAAAAUAUAACAACACUGAGAUGAAGUCGGGGCGACGUUUUACAGCCGCCACACAGCACUUAACAUCCGCUGUUGUGAAGUAAGUGUACUCUGAAAAGUAGACCACUCCGAAUCACCGAAAACAAGCCAAACAGUGAAAAUUGCAGACUCGGUUUGAUUGAGUCUAUUCAUGAACAGAAAUGGAAAAUGAAACACUGCCCAUGCCGCCUAGCAUCGGCUUAAGCAGUAUUCAAUCUUCAACUCUAAAUGAGUUGAAAUCAAUGAUCUCGAACGACCAAAAAACAUAACAACACCGAGAUGAAGUUGGGGCGACGUUUUACGGCCGCCACACAGCACUAAACACCCGCUGUUGUGAAGUAAAUAUAAUCUGAAAAGUAGAUUUCUCGGAAGCACCGAGAACAAGGCAAACAGUGAAAAUUGCAGACUCGGUUUGACUGAGUCUGUUCAUGAGCAGUAAUGGACAAUGCAACACUGCCCACGCCGCCUAGCAUCGGCUUAAGCAGUAUUCAAUCUUCAAAUCUAAAUGAGUUGAAAUCAAUGAUCCCGAAGGACCAGAAAAUAUAACAACACUGAGAUGAAGUCGGGGCAACUUUUUACGGCCGCCACACAGCACGUAACACCCGCGUUGUGAAGUAAAUGUAAUCUGAAAAGUAGACUCCUUGGAAGCACCGAACACAAGGCAAACAGUGUAAAUUGCAGACUCAAAUGCCACGAAUCCAAAAUGAGUAAUGAUAGAGUAAUAAUCUGCAUCAUAUCCUAACGUUUUGAGAAUGAGACAGCGAUCCAGGAAAUCGCUAAAUAAAUUCUGCGCGACUAGAUCUAUUAUACACAGUGGAGUUGCUUUCUAUAUCUACAGUAUGAAGUUAAGUUAUUGAUCACGCUACACAUAUAUAUCAGAACUUACGUAAUAGGCUGAUUCAGCACACACGCUAUUAGUGCAGAGUGAGGUAUAGGUUCGUGUCGUUGUUAUAUACAAUAAAACUUUAUGUGAAGUGAAUAGUAUUUCUCAGAUUUGGAAUUAAGCUGACUAGCAGAGACUGGGUUCCAGGAUCUGGCAUAAUCUACCAGAGUUUGCCGAGAGAUGUACAUGUACUAGCUGUUAUAUUCUAGAACAGAGAUAAUUGCAGAAGCUGAAAACGAAAUAAAGAAGAAUGGAUUUAGCUUUAAUGCUUGUCGUCAUAUGUUUGAAAACUGGACCGAAGUUUGUCGCAGGUUUAGCUUUUACUUUGUCAGCGUCGCGAAUAAAAUUGGGAACUACAGGAACGUUGAAAAUGACCUGCGAUGUUACCGAAAUAGAUGCAGCUGUGAUAUACAACAUUCAAAUACGACGAGAAACAGACCAAGGAGCUAACUUCACAUGGGAAACUCUCGCUGAAAUUGAAGCAGGUUUAACCGAAGUUCCAGUUUUAGAUAAAGACAUUGUAAAUGACAAGGACUUUGUUCCAGGAGGUGUAUUUGAUAAAGCUACUCCAAUUAACACUUAUUUAACAUUAGAUAUGAAUAAAGAGAAGCUGACAUAUAGUGACGACAGAGACUACAGAUGUGAGCUGACCUACAAGAGUAACAUUACUGGUAGCGUUGCCUCUGUUAAAAGAAAUGCCAGCCUUUCUAUUGUUGAUGACGACGAUGACCUUGAAAUAUCAAUUUCAGAUGACGACGAUGACCUUGAAAAAGCGCGAUCGGACACAAGGGAAACCACAGAAUGUGUCUACAAAACCAUAUUUAUAAUUGUUAGUGCUAUUUUAGGAGUGACAAUAGUAUAUGCAGGUUAUAUGACAGUGGUGAUGAGAAAAGCGAAAGCAGGAGGAUCUGAUGAUAAAAAACCUCACCGUGCAGGCCAAAAGGACCCAGAACCUGAAGUAAGUUAUAAAAAAGUAGAACGUCAAGACUGCUCCACUCAAGAGACUGAUGAUUUAACCGCAUGAACUUACAACUGAACACGUUCUUGGGCAUGCACAAGUACAUUUUACAUGUACACUGACUUGAAAAGGCUUUUCACAGAGAACAUGUGACAGAUAAAGAAGCACACUGCCAGUACUUUUGAAGAGUAUUGAUUUAUAAAAGAGUGUACAAAAACUUGUAAUAGCAUUACUUUUAACCAAUUUUUUACUAAGAGUUCGUCAUGAGUUUUGGGGUUAAAAGUGCAAUGAAGAUUGCAUUGGUGGAAUUCAGGUUACGUUAUGUAAUGACGGCACUACAUGGUUAAUUAUGUCAUUAAGUAUAUCGCUUGUAUGAUCUUAAAACUCAAUCAAUGGUUGCUUAUUUAGGACAAUUUAUUAUAUCGCGUUGGCGUGCACUGUGAUGCUGGUGUAAAUCGCGUGCGCGAAUCCAAUAGCUCAAGCAAUUGCGACGUUUCCGAUAACAAUAUAGUGAAAGAAAUGCUUUGUUUCUAUGGUAACUUACCAUGCUUGAAUAUUAAUCAUACCUAAAGACGGUCAUUAAAGCACAGUAUUGGCCCGUUACAAACGAAAAUACAUGAUAUCAUUAAACAAGAUACAUCAUAAUUAAUCAGACAGAAACAACUACAAGUCAUUUAUUUUUUCAAUGUCGUGAUACAUUUUUAUUUAACUUGUUUUUUCGAAAGUAUUGUAAACUUAAGGAGGUAGGUUACCUUGAUAUCUGUAAGUGCGCAUGUCCAACCGGAAGCUAACGUGACGAUUUACGACGACGUUUACGACAAACUAAAUGUGUUUGUAUAUCCAUUCUUAUGGAAAUAAAGCUUGAACCUGCCUCCGAUCUGAUGUUUAAUGGUUUAAUAAUGCAGAAAUAAUGAAUGAAUUGCCGCAGAAACGCUUCAAAACAUUGUUACCCUAAAAUGACGUCAUUGACGUCAUGAACUUACGUGUCAGUUACCGCGCAAAAUUAAUAGCUUUUAUUUUGAAAGUACGUUAUUCUGUGCUUUUUCUUUAUCUGAACUGUUUUUAAACAGCCAUUAUUUGCUAAAAUACUUUUUAUUAGUCUUUUGCUCUGAAAAAUGAUCAAUAUUUUGCUUCUUUUAUGUAAUUAUAUUGAAAUGUUAUGCGGAAUGUAAGAAAAUGGAUGAUGGUAACUGAUGUGAUUGGGAAUAUAGUUGGCUGAAAGGUAACUUAUUACGGUCAUUUACAAAUAAAAAUUGGGCAGUUUGAUUUGUUAAACCUAUUUCCCAGUUUCCGUUGAUAAUUUGUUUCUUAAAUACUAAAACUAAGCUCUAAAAUUGUUCAAAUUUCAGUAUAAAAUUGUGGUGUCUUGAAUUAAAUUGAUGUUACCAUGGAAACGAAGCCCGUGACCUAUAUGUCUAAUUGUAAAAUUCAAAACCGUUGACACUGGUCUAUUUAAGGAACACAGCUUCGGCUUUUUAUUUUCAUUUCAACAAUAUCCAUGAGAAUAAUAGCAGCAUGCAGAACGAUUUUUCAUUAUAAAUGUCAGACGACGGGCACUGCUGUAAGUAUUUUAAGCUGUGAAAUUUGUUAAAUUAACUGCAAUUCAUACGAAAAUAUUACUAACGUUAGAAAUAAGAUGUUUUAAAGCUACAUUAACAGGAAAGAUAAUUUUAUAUAAUAUUUUUGUUAUAAGAAAUUACGAUAAAAAGUAACAUAUAAGCUAUUUUAAACAUCUCUGUUGCCAUGGUUACUCUAAACUUUAAGAAAAACAUAGUACCAUGUAAAGUUCUUGGUAUUUCGCUAAUCAUAUUACCCAAAUAUUCCAUGUUGGUCAAUAACAGAAUGGCACUGAAGCCGUCGAAAAACCCGUUUUCAUACGUAAUUGUUGAAAAAUGAGAGAAAAUGCGUUACCAUGGAAACACGAGCCCCGCGACAUAUACAUUUUAAGCUUUUAUUAGAAAGCUAAUGCGCAUACUAGUAAAACUAUUAAUUAUGCAGAUUUCUACGGAUAACAAUGAAACCAAAAUCUACUGAAAAGUGUUAAAUAUCCGUAUUUUCCUUCUUCUUUCUAUAUAAAAUACCUUAAGAGGAUCAUGUACUUCAAACCUUGAUAAAAAUUGUACUUGAAGGGACAGAGAUAAACGGAACUGAGAUUGUAGCAGUUAAAACAUUAAAUUACACGAAAUACAAAAAAUCACUGCGGUUCAACUAAUUUGAAUUUACCCAGGUAACAAGGUAACCUACCUCCUUAACUCACCUAUCAGGAAACUGAGAUACUUGUUUACACUGCAUUGUUUGUAAAUUCAUAGAAAAUUCUAUCAACUGAAGAACUGUCAUACUCUGCAAAACUGAACAAAAUCCUCAGAAAGAUAUAAGAAGUUCAUGGUUAUCUAAUAGAUUAUAUAUAUGUAAAUAAUUAAACAUCUUUCUUCUUUCAAUGUCUAGAAUAAAGUCUGAGUUUUAAAUAUGUAAAAUAGUCCAUGAUUUUGUAUUGUUUGGAUUAGAUGUUUUUGAUAUGCUUUUUAUAUUUUAUUUGUUUGGUGUUGGUGGUGGUAGAGUCACAGUCAUAUUGCAGCAUUUAAUGGUAGAGGAAGUACCCAGGUGCACCUCCAGGCAUUGUUUCAGGCAUCGGCAGGCACCAGGGUAUAACAUUCCGUAAGCCACCUGGACGGUUUACACAAUGGGUUAGUGUAAUUAUAUAAUGUGUAAAGUUUAGCCUGAUGAGAAAUACGAAAGACUGUUGUAGACAUAGAUUGGAGUAUUUCUGACAAAAUGUUAAGAAAUGGUGAUUAAUAUUAAUGCAUUUAGGGCUAGAAUCGGACUGUUUGCCCUUGCUUGCAGAACACGUCAAAAAACUAUUAAAUAUGGAAAAUAUAAACCAUUUACAACUGGCAGUGAUAUUCAUCUCCGGAGUUUCGCUUGCUGUAUUGUGGUGUUAGGUGUUUUGGGUUUUUGGUGCGGAGUGUUACAUGGUUUUAGUUUUAUCAAAGGCUAUCUUGUCACACAUGAGAACUCUGCAGCUACAGUACUUUGUGAGACGGUGUCUAUGUCAUUCACACAUAUUACUAGGGUAUUGAUAACAAACAAGAGUCCUCGAUGUUCAGUUGAAAUGCAUGGUGGGCAGUAUAUGACAUACUCAGAACGGUUAAUUUCAUUAUCAGCGGAUGUAGAGAUGAUUCCUGGGCCUGCAGAAAAUGAAAAUACACAGAAAGUCUUGAACGCUAUUUUUUAAACUAAGGAUGAAAUCCGAGGUGUUAAAGAUGAAAUUAAAGGAUGAAAGUUUGAAUUAUUCUCUUUGAAAUAUGAAAUGUGUUCUAUUCGAACAAAGGUUGAAGCAGUUGAAGGUAAUCAGUCGCAGUUGGAAGAGAGAAUGAGAAACAUUGAGGAGAGGAAUGAUAUCCUGCAAUACGGACAAGAUGUAUUAGGUAAUGAUAUUUCGGCAUUAUCAUUAAAUGAAGAAAAAGGUGAAGAUAAGUUAAGUCAUAAAGAAAAACAGCUGAUGAUAAUAAAGUCUGAUAAAUUGAAAUCUACUUUGAGAAUCUUUGGUCUAGAAGAGAAAGAAAAUGAAGAUAAACCACUGAUGUCUGUAAUUGAGGAGGAAAUCCUGAGUGUGACUGAGGAAAGUAACGAUAAUGUUUCUCAUGAGGAUAUAUAUUUCUUCUAAAAGAGUGGGCGAAGGAUAGGAGUAACGCCUAGAAUUAAGUUUACAAAUAGUGAUGAUAAAAUUAAGUUAUUUAAAUUCCGAGGUGUUCUAAGGCAGCAAUAUAAUUAUACUUUUAUACAGCGCCAGCAACUUAAAGAGUUUAAAAGGAGAGGUUUAAUAGGUUAUUUCAAAAACGGGAAGCUAUGUACCUACAGGCCUACAUCGGAGGAGUAAAUAUAAUGGUGAAUCAAGAGUCUUUAAACAAGCACGCCGAAAUGCUAACGCUAAUAAUGUCAGGGAUAGGUACGAAACAGAGGAUAUGGAGUUAGUGUCCAAUGAUGAUGACAAUGACAGUUUAGAUGGUAAAUAGGUCGAUGGGCAACGCCCAGCACAAUUGAGGAAUAUCAUUAAAUUGUUGACAUGGAAUAUAGAAGGUUUCACGUCAAAAUUGAUAAACUAUGAUAUAAAUUAUAUUUUGAAAUCUUAUGAUAUAUUUGCUUUGCAGGAAACUUGGGAGUUAGAUUCUAGGCUGACAGUCAAAAAAGCUGAGUUUCCAGCCUAUACAUUAUUUUGUUGCAACGCUAUAAAAUCUGUUGCUGGGGCGAAUUAUUGGUGGUGUUUCAGUAUUUGUUAAAAACCCUUUACUGUUAUUUGUAAAGCAUGUGUAUAAGGAUUUAAGUUUUGGUGUCAUAUUAUUGUCAGAAAAGUCACUGUUUUCACUAAGUAGAUGUACUUAUAUGUAUAUAUAUGUUCCUCCAGAAAACUCACCAUUUUAUAAUUAUGUAAAAGUGUCUGGCUUACAACAGCUUGAAGAGUAUAUUAAGAAGUUCUCAUUUUUUUAUAAAGAAUUUAUGUUAAAUGGAGAUUUUAAUGCUAGGACUGCGAAUGUUCUUGAUUUUCACUGUAUUUGAUAAAAAAUCUCCCAGAAAUGAAUGAAUAUAUAUGGAUAUUUUUGACACUGAUAUCUGUAUUUCAAGAUUAUUUUAAGAUACAACGAUUAACAAAUAUGGCUAAGAAUUAAUUGAAUUUUGCAAAGUGUACGCAUGUUAUAUUGGCGCAGAAAAUGGAAGUAGUUUACGUUUAUAAACCAAAAUGGGUGUAGUACAAUUGACUACUUUAUUGUUUCGAAAGCCAUAUUUAGGAAUAUAGAAAAAUUUCAGAUUUUGUCGAAUGUCGAAAGUUGUCAUUUUCCAUUGGAAAUUUGCCUUUUGUUCGAUCAAGAAUACACUGACUGAUAGUUAAGGAACGGAUAAGAUACAAUAUUAUUAUUCCUUAGAUAAAAAUAAUUGUGAUGAGUAUUUACACUGUUUAGCUGAGAAUGCAUGAAACGGUUGUUUUGAUAAAGUUGACAGUUUAUUAACCGACAAUGACUCUGAUAUAAAUAUUAUUGUUGAGGGCUUACAUACAGCAAUUACUCAAAGUAGUGAACAAUUUUGUAAAAUAAAGAAAGUUACUUUUAAGAAGAAACAUAGAGCUGCGUUCAAUAAACGCUUGAUGCCCCCGGUGGCAUCCUUGUCGAUACAAAGCAACCAAAGUCCAAAAUAAGGUCUAGGUCAAACUGAGGUCAGGUGAUGUUUGAAGAUGAGGAAUGGUCACAGGUUACAUCUGUGUUAGCAUCAAUUCAUUCUUUUAAGCGGUAUUGAUGCUAGACGAAACGGUCCCAUUUGGUUAACCAAGAGAUGGCCCAUAUCAAGCACCCUAAGUCCAAAAUGAGGUCAAGGUCAAGGUCAAACUGAGGUCAGGUAAAGUCUGAAGAUAAGGAAUGGUCACAGGUUACAUCUGCAUUAGUAUCAAGUCAUUCUAGUAAGGGGUAUUGAUGCUAGACGAAACGGUCCCAUUUGGUUAACCAAGUGAUGGCCCAUAUAAAGCAACCUAAGGUCAAAAUGAGGUCAAGGUCAAUUUCAAACUGAGGUCAGGUGAUGUUUGAAGAUGAGGAAUGGUCACAGGUUACAUCUGCAUUAGUAUCAAGUCAUUCUAGUAAGGGGUAUUGAUGCUAGACGAAACGGUCCCAUUUGGUUAACCUCGUACGGUCGGACGAACGAACGAACGAACGGACGGACAGGACAAUCACUAUAUGCCUCCCGCAUCAGUUGAUGCCGGGGGCAUAAAAUAAACCCUGGUUUGACAGAGAUUGCAAAAUAGCUUAAUUGGAUACCAGGAGAAUGUUAAAACAUUUUCGUGCUAAUCGAAGUGAGAAUAGCCUAAAUAAUUAUCUCCUAAGUAAGCAAAAAUAUCAGGCUCUGUGUAAAUGGAAACGCGUUGAGUAUAGUAAGAGAUUUUUAGGUAAACUAGAAGCUUUGGUUAACGAUGCCAAAGUAUUUUGGCGCGAGUUAAAUCGAUUGAAAGUAAUUUUAAAUCUGAACCGAAUACAUCACUACUUGAUUAGUAUGAACAUGUUAGUAAACUAUUUUCAUCUGAUGGUACUGAGUUACAAGGUAAUGCAGCAGAAGUUGAUAAUUCAUUGUCAGAUAAUUUUGAUGAUAUUGAAAGGCUGGUCUUUAACUCAUGUAUUACUGAUGAAGAGAUUAAAGAAGGUAUAAAAGCCUUGAGGUUACACAAGGCGACAGGGCGUAUUCUUAUUCCACAACAUUUAGUUUAUGGUGUCAGUGUUUUAUUACCAUAGACUGUUCUCUAGAGGUGAUUUUCCGGAUUUAAGGGCAAAGUCUAUUAUUGUCCCUAUACAUAAAAAAGGGAGUGUCUGUGAUCCAGAUAAUUUUAGGGGGGAUAGCAUUAAUAGAUGUACUAAGUAAAGUGUUUAUAUCAAUUGUAACCAAACGUGUAACAUUUUAUGUCGAAGCUUAUAACAAACUAUAAGAGGCUCAGGCCGGUUUUAGAUGCGGAUACUCGACAGUGGAUAAUGCUUGUGUCCUUUACUCAUUUGUUAGCAGGUCUUUUGUAUGAAAGGUAGAACAGUUUAUUUGGCCUUUAUAAUUAUGUAAUUAUUCGGCCACUUUUUAAACAUAAAGUUGGUUGUAUUUUCAACAUUUUCUUGGAAAUAAAUCAAUGCUACAGCCAAAAUUGUUUUUUACAAACUGCAGUCAAUUUUCUAUAGCAUACCUCGUGGGAAAUAUUUGCGAACAGAGAAUAAAAAACGCCUGUCAUUUUAUUCUUGUAUGUUCAUUAUACUCUGACAUUGGAGAGAAAUAUUUGCCGGAAAAGUUUUUUAGGUUACCAACUUUAGAAAAAAUUACAGUUUAAUGUCAAAUAAUGAUGCAAAUAUCAUUCGAAGUUUAGCUAUGUAUUUGACUUACUCUCUGCACAAAAGGGAUGAAUUUAUGUCAAUGUUUUAAAAUAACAUGCUGUAUGUCUAAUAUUACUCAUUGGUCUUUAGAUAGCACUAAUCGAAAUAUGUAUUACGGAUGUUAUAUUAUUAGGUUAUUUAACAGUGUUCUGUACAAUACGGAGAUAUAUUUGGACGAGUACCCAGCUGAGAAAACCAUAUUGGACGAGCCGCUAGGCGAGUUCAAUAUGGUUUUCUCAGCUGGGUACGAGUCCAAAUAUAUCUCGUAUUAUACAGGACAAUGUUAAAUAACAUUUUUAUUCUAUAUCUAUUUUAUAUAACUAUAAUAAUAGUUUACAUUAAAAAUGUUUCACUGAAUAUUGUAUUCCUGCCUUUUCUAGUUUUUCCCAGCUUGGUAUGAAGGCAAAUAUAUGUUAUACAAAACAAUGUUAGACCUUAAAUAACCUUUUUAUUCUAUAUUUAUUUCACUUCAUACGUAAUAUACGUAAUUCAUUGAAAGUUGUUUUUUCUGCGUAUCAUCAUUAAAAAUAGUAUAUGGUGCAACCUCCCUACAACAGCCAUUUGGCGAUUUGGGUGGUAAUAAUACUUGGCUGAGAUAUCAUGCCCACAAACAUUGUCAACAAGUUUGGUAAAGAUCGGAUGAAAACUGUUCGACUUAAAAGAGCGGACAAGGCUAAAUUCCCCGUUUACACGGCCGAGAUGUAAUGCCCACAAUCAUUGUCAGCAAGUUUGGUGAAGAUCCGAAGAAAACUGAAUUAUAGAGCAGACAUGUUUUGGAUGCUGACCGCCCGUCCGCUGCCCUUCAUAAUCUCCUCCAUUUUGUUUCUUAACCGUUAAAUAAAAACUGCUGAGGUAGCUAUUCAGACAGUCAGGGCUGAUAUCAAUUUCUAGGUUUCGUCCUGAACUGCUUCUUUUAGCGACUUUUCAAAUAUUCCAACAUCCGAUGAUCCUUUUUACUGUAUUUUUAAGUUUUUGAGUAUUAACGAACGUUUUAAUAUCUAAAUCAGAUAGCAUUGUUAUCCCUUAAAUCGUUUUUGUGUGUUGUAAAAUUAAAUCCAGAUUUCAAGACGCAUAAUCAAACUCUGUACAUAGAGCACCUACUUCAUCCGAUUUACAUCCGGAACAUUUUCACGCGUUUCGGGCUAGUAUGUUUAACAUAGGACUGUUGAAUCGUCCAAAUACAGAAAAUACAGGAUUUUUUUGUACGCUCGUGCGUCCAAAUACAGAAAAUACAGGAUUUUUGUACGCACGUGCAUCCAAAUACCGUAAUAUAUUGUACGGUCACGUGUUGCAAAUGAACGUUUGCGAUUGGAUAGAUAAAAUAGGUAUAGAAUAAAUAUAUGCAUUGGACUUAACUGUGUAAAUACAUGUCAAUAUAUUUAAUGUGUAACCCUUACUUUACAUAUUGUAUUAUAAUGUUUUCUUUGUAUUGCAAUGUAUUUGUGUUUGGGCCGGAGGCCUUAUUGCGCAGUGACCUUUAAAACUUCGAAACUUGUUUUGAUUGAUUUUGUAUUUUCAUAAAUAAACUUUCCCCCAUUAAUGAUCAAUAUUUGGUUGAUGUUAUCAUCAAUCUGUUUCCUGCAUACAGAUCAAGUAUUAACUAUGUUACCGGAUAUUACUGAAACUACAUCUACAACAUGAUUUAACAUAACAAUAAACUAUUUAUAUUUUUCUAGUUUUAAAUAAUUAAACCCUUUAAUACGUAUCUACUUUAUUUACAUUUUAAGGAUUAUGUAUUUAUUAAAGAUUAUCAAAGUAUAGUUUAUUAGCACCUCCUCUGUUUAUCUAGUAUUAAAAGCAAUUCAUUACACAAACUGCGCUGGCCAUUAAGGAUUCUAAGAUUCAUGUCACUGGUGUCAACCAAAUUUGCUAUGAUUUCCGAUUUCAUGGUGAUUAUUAGCUUGGCAUAUUUCGGCCCAACACAGAUCGUAUUUGUCCAGUCGUUAGAGUCAGAGAUAAAAGAUAUUAAUAUAAUUUCUUUUAGAAAUUGCUAUUUGAGAGAAUUUUAUGGCAAAGAUAUUUUAUUUUAAAGGACACUAACGACAAAAGCCAAGUCUAACCUUUGAACGGAUAAUUGUGUUACCGUGUUUUAGCGUGUGUGUUUGCUUAUUACGAUGUCAAUUUUAUAUAAUCUGUAAAAACAAGUGUUUUUAGCUCACCUGUCACGUAGUGACAGGAUGAGC